GCGUGGGCGGCGUCGGAUCGGCAGCGAGGGAGGGCGACCGCCUUACCGCAGGUCUCAAGCACAUCCAGGAGGUGAAGCAGAGGGUGCGGAAGGACCCAGGCUUCCUGGACCGGCGGCAAAACGGCCUCCCGCAGCUCACGUGGGAAGUCCCGCGCUACAGGAACGUGCAGGAGGCCGAUGGCGAGGAGACGGCGCAGCAAAGAACAUGGCGGCUCGUUGGACGUGACCUGCGGAAGCUGGGGGACCAGUUCGCGCUCAAACAUGCUCAGAGGGUUGAUGCCAAACCGAACAACAACGGCUACAUGAGCUUCGCAGUUCCGCUGACGUUCACUAGAUGUCUCUCGGCCUCCAUCCUGUGCUUGGUGUGGUGGCGCCUCCUCAACAAACUCCGCUGAUCAAGAAGUGUGCAGACGG